GUGAAUAAUCGUAGGCUUGGCAUGACCUUGAUUUUUGGGGCUUUGCUGGAAGAUCUGAUGAUGUGAUUGCAUUUCACAAGGCGAUUGCUCUCCAUCCACUGUUUAAGCCACUUUUCAAGCUUCUGUGACACAGUCACUUAUGGACAAAUCUGACUUUUUUUUUUUUUAAAUAAACCCCUUGGUGUUUUCCUUUUCCUGUUACAUGGUAGGAGCCUUAUUUUAUACUUUGAUGUGAUUUAUAGCCCUGCCUUUCUUUGUGGUUGAUUUUUGUUUGAAAAUACAAUGGCUCUGAGUGGAAACUGCAGGACUUACCUCCCUGCUAGAGAACAAGGGGCUGGUCUUCACUCCUUCCCUGAGGUGGUGGAGCUAAAUGUGGGUGGCCAAGUUUACUUCACUCGCCAUUCCACCCUGAUAGGCAUCCCCCACUCCUUGCUGUGGAAAAUGUUCACCCCGAAGAGAGACACAGCCAAUGAUCUAGCCAAGGACUCCAAGGGAAGGUUCUUCAUUGAUAGGGAUGGCUUUCUUUUCCGCUACAUUCUGGACUAUCUCAGGGACAAGCAAGUGGUCCUGCCUGACCACUUCCCAGAGAAGGGAAGGCUCAAGAGGGAAGCUGAAUACUUCCAGCUCCCAGACUUGGUCAAACUCCUUACUCCUGAUGAUAUCAAGCAAAGCCCUGAUGACUAUUGCCACAGUGAUUACGAGGAGGUUUCCCAAAGCAGUGACACAAGAAUAUGCCCCCCAUCAUCGCUCUUACCUUCUGACCGAAAGUGGGGAUUCAUUACCAUUGGGUACAGGGGGUCAUGCACCAUCGGCAGAGAGAGCCAAGCUGAUGCCAAAUUCAGGAGAGUUCCAAGGAUUUUGGUUUGUGGAAGGAUUGCUCUAGUCAAAGAGGUCUUUGGAGAAAGUUUGAAUGAGAGCAGAGACCCCGAUAGGGCUCCGGAAAGAUACACCUCCAGGUUCUAUCUCAAGUUCAAGCACCUAGAGAGGGCUUUUGACAUGCUGUCAGAAUGCGGAUUCCACAUGGUGGCCUGUAAUUCCUCAGUAACGGCUUCUUUUGUCAACCAAUACACAGAUGACAAGGUCUGGUCCAGCUAUACUGAAUACGUCUUCUACCGUAAGUACAAGCUAUUUGCAGUGCAAAAAUUAAUCAUCUGCUUAAAGUCGGUCUUUUUUUCAAAUUUUUCUUGGUUUCAAAGCACUGGCAGACUUGAUUUUACUGUAUCUGUUGCUGACGGAAGUUGUCCUUUGAUAAAACGGGAUCCCAGUGGCUAUGUUUUAGGUUAA